AUGCCAAUCGGCCAGCAAUGCCCGGGAGUCUCGUGGGGGAAGAGGAAACGCCGCUGUGUGGGGGUCACCGCCCUGCGGUUUGGCGGGCAAAACGUGUGGCACUUUGAAAAAAGUUCGCUCACCGCCAGGCUAUCGGCCUCUUCUUCGACUGAACGGCGCGAUCAAUUCCAGGAAAUAGCCACCAUGCCACGUCCCCAUCACAAUACGACCUCCCUGCCGCGUGAUUUGCGCGCGGAACUGGGGAUCAGGGAUACCUAUGGCGACAAGAAGCGCCAGCGCAAUGGACCUGCAAACCGGAAAGAACGCCGCCAGGCUGAGCGAAGCAAUAAGAAGUCCGGGAAACCCGCCGCAGUGCCAGUGAAGAAGAGUUUCCAACGAAGACCUGUGGAGAAACGGUAUGAUGAGGAAGAGGAAGAGAAUGAUGACAACUUUGAUGUGGAUUUGGACGAGGAAUCGUCAAGCGACGAUACACCGGCUGUGACGAACAGCAAGCGAGUUUCAGCCCAAAAGCUACCGUCAAUCUCUAAGUCAGCCAUAACGAAAAAAUCGGAACGGCCGCUCGAAGUGAGCGAGGAGACCGACAAUGAAAGUGCCGAGUAUGAAGGGCAAACCGAAGAGGAGGAGAGCGACGAGGACAGCGGUGCUGAUAGUAUCCCACGAGGCGCCCAUAUUUCCGAAACGGUCAAAUCCAAGCUCGCUCAGGAUGACGCCGAAAUUGCCGCUCUGGAGAAGAAACUCGGACUCAAAAAAGGAAAGAAGCUUCCCAAGGCAUUCGCCGAGGACGGGUUAGAGGAUUUGAUGGGAGAUUUGGGCGAGGCGUCUGAAGAUGAUAGCAAGAAGCGCAAGCGGGAAGCCGAUGAGUGGCUUCAAAGCAAGAGACAGAAGGCGUUACAGCGCCAGGCCCAAGUUUCAGAAGAGGAAGACGAAGACGACGAAGACGAGGAGGACUUUGAAAGUGACGAUGGCAUGGAUAAUCUGGACGAGGAAAUCUUUGGUUCGGAGAGUGAAGAUGAGGAUGCCGAAGACAGCGAAUUCGACGGCUUCGAUAAGGAAGAGGAAGCAGCGCCUAAGAAACGUGAAAACCCAUAUGUGGCACCCGUGGCCAAGACUGAGACAGCAGCACCUCAGAAAUACAUUCCGCCAUCAUUACGAGCUCGUGGUGAUCCCGAGAGUGAAGCCCUUACUCGACUACGUCGCCGGGCCCAAGGACACCUGAACAAGCUGUCCGAGGCAAAUUUGGUAUCUAUUCUUGCAGAGUUUGAGAAGCUCUACCGAGAGCAUCCACGACAAAAUGUCACCUCCAUGCUCAUAAGUCUACUGAUGGGUCUCAUUGCCGAGAGAUCCGCUCUUAACGAUACUUUUAUCGUCUUGCACGCUGGCUUUAUUGCUGCAGUGUACAAGAUCAUGGGUAUGGACUUUGGCGCUGAGAUUGUUCAGAAGAUUGUGGAGGCCAUGGAUGCAGGAGGUGAUGAACGUGGAAAGUUUGAGGGCAAGGAGUACAUCAAUCUCGUCUCGCUCUUGUGUCAGCUGUACAAUUUCCAUGUCAUUGGACACCCUCUGAUGUUUGACUACAUCCGCCUUUUCUUGCAAGAGAUCACCGAGACCAACACGGAGCUCCUGCUCAAGAUCAUUCGGAACGCUGGUCCUCAACUGCGCCAGGAUGAUCCAUCUGCGCUCAAGGACAUUGUCCUGCUGAUUCAACCCGCCAUCGCCAAGGUCGGCGAUGGAAACCUCUCUGUCCGUACCAAGUUCAUGAUUGAAACUAUCACCGAUCUCAAGAACAACCGGGUCAGGUCUGGAAUUGGUGCCAGUGUGACUUCGGAGCACAUUACCAAAAUGCGCAAGAUUUUGGGCUCUUUGAAUAACUCUCGUGUGAUCCGUGCAUCGGAACCUAUUAACAUCACUCGCUCGGAUAUCCACGACUCUUCCAAGAAGGGCAAGUGGUGGCUCGUAGGUGCUAGCUGGAGGGAAGACCCUCUAGUCUCUGCCCGCGAAGAAUUGUCUGGUAUGCAGACGAAGAAUGCCGAUGCUAUCAUGGAGGAUGACAGUGAAGCCGAGCCGGAUUUGGCAGACCUGGCCAGAGCCCACCGUAUGAACACGGAUGUGCGUCGCUCGAUCUUUGUUGCUAUAAUGUCUGCGACAGACUUCCAAGAUGCCCAACUUCGUCUUCUCAAGCUUCGACUGAAGCGUGCGCAGGAAUUUGAGAUUCCUCGUGUUCUGUUGCACUGCGCAAUGGAGGAAGAAGCCCACAAUCCCUACUACACUCUGAUUGCACGACGUCUUUGCGGAGAGUCAGGCCGCCGUCUGAAGAUGUCCUUCAUGUUCGCUCUCUGGAACAUCUUCAAGCGGAUGGGUGAACGAGGUGACGAUGAGGAAGAAACCGAGUUCGACGCCGAUGAUGAAGAAACCAGCGUUAGCAUGAAGGCUGUGGUCAAUCUGGCCAAGAUGUACGGCAUGCUCAUCGCCGAUGGAACUCUAUCGUUAGCUGUCCUGAAGAACCUCAACUUCGCCUAUCUCCAGCCCAAGACCAAAACAUUCGUCGAGCUCUUGAUCAUCAGUAUCAUCCAGCAGUCGCAAAAGACCAAGAAGGCACAGAAGAAGAAAAAAUCAAGCAAGUCUAGCUCCGAUGAUGCCAAGGACGAGGCGCCUCUCAUGCAGAUUUUCCUGCGUGUCCAAGAAGCACCUCAAGCUGCCAAGGGCUUGAUCUAUUUCAUCCGCAAGGUCGUCGCAAAGACCGACCUUGUCGCUGAGAAAGAGCUAAAGCUGGUGCGCUGGGGUUGCAAUGUGGCCGUGGAUGCCCUCAAGGCUAUUCAAGAGUAA